AUGUUCGUGCGACUUGUUGUAUUGGUGUAUCAUUUUCUGAAUGAACAAGGGAGAUCUCUUGUUUUUGAGGAAGGUUGUAACAAUUUUAUAAUAAGGUAGUAAUAAUUUCUUUAGAGCUGGAAUUUUUUUUAGAAAUUAUUCGUACAAUAUUUUUUGUUAAAGGAAUAUCUAAAUAACGUAAUUAUAAAAAUUAACGUAUAGAUAUAAAUAUAUCAGGUAAUAGUUUUACCUUGAAACUUGUAACACGUAACACGUUAUGAGUACAAUUGUUGAACGAUAAAGAGAUUGUGAAUAGCAGAAAUGAGUAUGUCCAUUGAAAUUAUUAUUUAAAAUUCAACAUGAAGCAUCAUGUGACACAAAAGAAACAUUUUUCUAAAUAAAAAACAAAUUUCUUUUAAAAAAAUUGAAUCGUUGAUUUGUCGUUUUGGUAUGAGCAAAACGUUCGUUCACUGAUGGAUGUUCAUUCACUGAACAGAUCAUUCUACACGUAUAAUCGAUUUUUAACUGAAAUCUUUUUCCAACGAGAAUGCCAACUCGAAUAAAGUUUCGUUCAGGCUACAAACGACUCGAUCUCGUUGACGACAAAACUAUUUCUCAUCCGAGAGUGUGACGUUCUAACGAGCAAGAGUUGCUCAUUUAAACGUGCUACCAUCGGACAUUGCGCGGCAUUGUUCGCCAAUCGGUGGAAACUGAAGAGCACUUAUUGGUCCAAAUUGUUUCUAUUAUGUCGCCUUGGCCUUCUUUUCGUUUGCCCUCGUCCCGUGUUUGUCCCGUGCUUGGUCGGGGUUCCCCUCCCCCUUCCCUCAUGUUCAAAGUGGAACAAUUAAUUCUACCUCGCUCAUCGCGUGUGCAUUGUUAGAACCGGUCGGCAGCAAAGCACCGGCGUUCACCGGAGACGUGAAGGGCGUUUGGCUGGAAAAAGGAGCUGGAUCCAGCACCGUGCUACCGUGUCCCGCGCAGGGAUAUCCCGUUCCCUCCUUUAGGUAA